AAACGGUGCACCAGUGAGUCGUGAAUACUCGUGAUUGUGCGCCAGGAUAAGAAAGCAAACGUUCGUCUUUGGAGAUAGGAGGAUAUUUGAUUUUGGGUUUUUUAUUUAACCGAUCUGACCCGACCGAAUCUCUUUUUAGGACCGAAUUUUACAAUAGACUAGUGAUAACGGGGUCAAAUGCGAAAUCAAGUAGUAGUAAUUGGGGUUUAGGGUUUUAGGUACGAAUGGAAUCCAAGAAAUUCGAAGCUAAGCUGCUUCUAAAGGAUAAACGGUUCUGGUUCGCCUCUGCCCUUAUUGUUUGGGCCGCUGCUCUCCAGGGACAUAUGAUGUGGUUACAGAGGCAAGAUUCUUUCAAGCAGAAGUUUGGAAAUGUAGAGCAGGACAAAGAUCAAAGCAGGAAUUAGCUGAAAAUCAUCACUAGUUGAAUCAUUUGCUCAAAUUACUGUCUUUGUUACUUGUGAGCUCAAAUGUGAUGCUUUUUUAUGUCCCUAGAUGCUCAUAUUCAAGUUAAUAAUAGUGAAAAUAUUCUAAGAAUUGUGCAUUGACCGAGCCCUGUUACUUAUUAUGAUUUAUUACGAGUAAGUUUCUGUUUAGUUCUAGCUUAUGCUUUGCCUGGUUGUAAGGUGGAUGUGAUGAUUAUAUUGUUUAUCUUAGGUGUGCUGUUAAUUCAUGGUUUGUAAAAUGCUAAUUCUCGAGUCAAGAAGUUUGGUCUUGAGUUUUCCAGAAAAUAUUGAUUGAGGGUCUCUUUUGGGCAUCUAUGCUCUGCGUGAAAA